GGAAGUAUAAGUCCAAGUAUGUGGGCUAAAUAUCAUGUUAUACCGUCAAAAUUAUCGACUCAAAAAUACAUCACAAAGCAAGAAAGGAUGAAAUUGAAACUUAAAUAAAGCCCAACAUGCAAAGAAUUUGUCAGUGCAAGGGAAAUCUAAUAAGAUUUUUCAGACAGAAGUUUCUAAGAAAAAUAGAGCCAUAAAACUUCCAGAAGAACUAGAUAUCCAGAUCAGUGGUAAAGCUAGGAAAUGUGUUGAUAGAACCGGGAACCUACAAUCAAGGGGUAGUGAUGACUCUUAUUCAGAGUUUGAAGAGAACCUCUCUUCUAAACCAGAACUUCCAAGUCAUGUUUCCAAAGUUAUAAUAAAGCCAAAGCCAAAAGUUAUAAGCUCUAAGUGGGCAAACCUCGAUCUCAAAGGGCUCAAUGACGCACAAGAAUCUGACGAAUACUCAGAAUGAUUUGAAGAUAUGCCUCAUCACUUAAGUGUUCUCAAGACGCCUUCACAAACAAGAAAAGAUGAAUAAGUUAUAAGAAUAUUUCAUAUUGCUUU